AUGCUCUUUUUGCAUAAUUGUAUAGCGUUUUUCGCCGCCUGUCAAGCGCUAUAUCUUCCAAAUUCAUGGCGUCACUCGAUCCCCCAUCCUGGUCUGCUUAUCAAGGUGGGCAGUCAAAACCUUGACGAGCUCAACUUCGAGGACUGGAUUUCCGAGCAGUCAGACAGAUCAUUCAGUUAUAUCCUUGAGAAUAUCGGCGGUAUAUCCUCUGUUCUUGAUGAGAAGGAGGUGCUUCCAGGUGUUGUCAUAGCGUCUCCGCUGAAGGCUGAUCCAGACUACUUUUACACUUGGACUAGGGAUUCCGCGUUGACCGUACGUACCUUGAUCUACCAUAUGAAUGACUACUUCCGUGACGAUGCGUUGGUGGCAAGGCUCAGAAAGGUGGUGGAAGACUACAUCGAAGUCAACUAUAAACUACAACGUCUUCCCAACCAGUCAGGGCGUUUUAAUGAUGAAACAAGGUCAGGCCUCGGUGAGCCCAAGUUUUUGACCACAGGUAAGAGCUUUGAUAAGAACUGGGGCAGGCCCCAGUCUGAUGGCCCAGGCCUCCGUGUAUCCACUAUCCUAGGGUAUUUGUUUUUUCUUGAGAGAAAUGACCUUCAAAUCGAGAACGAGUUCUUGGGAAAUACCACUUUUAUCUACUAUCACAUAAUCAAGCCCGAUCUCGAGUACAUUGUGGCAAACUGGAACGAUGAGCUGUUCGAUUUGUGGGAAGAGGUCAACUCGCAUCACUUUUUUACCUCAUUGACUCAACUAAAGGCACUUCAGGAUGGCCAGCGUUUCGCAAGAACAAACGUGAUUGACAUGAAGUUUGCAGAGCAGCUCCAGGCUACUUAUGAUCUGCUAAAGGACUUUAUCACUUCAUCGGGAGGCUUUACCAAACCAUCAAUCCCUUACGUCAUUGAAACACCAGAAUUGCAUGAACAGGGUACUAGAUCGGGCCUCGAUGCUGCGACGUUCCUUGCCGCUCUCCACGCUCAUAAUCUAGAAUUUGGAGGCACCGACAACAUUCCUUUUGAUGUCGAUGAUUCGCAUAUCUUGAAUACCAUCACCGCCAUGGUGGCCGACAUGAGACAAAGAUACCCCAUUAAUCACAACAAGGCGCGAUGGCAAAAUAAUGUUGGUGUUGCUUUGGGAAGAUACCCCGAGGAUGUCUAUGACGGACACGGUACUUCGCUCGGUAAUCCGUGGUUCAUUUCCACGCUCUCAGCUAGUGAAAUACUCUUCAAGUGGAUCUACAAGAACACCAGGCGGAACGCCGAUAUCGUCAUUGACAAGCUGAACAUUGCAUUUUUUAGACCGCAUGAUGCUCAACUCAAUGAUGAAGCACCCAUCAGCGACAGGAAGAUUGUCAUACCGUACAAAUCUGAGCGUUACCACGCCUUGCUUUCCAGCAUAUACAAGUACGCCGACUCAUUUAUUGCCAGUGUCCAAGGGCAUGUUCACCGGACUGACGGCACGAUGCUGGAGCAAUUUGACCGCUGGACUGGCUAUAUGCGUGGAGCCAAGCUGUUGACUUGGCUGUAUCUGGCGUUCCACAACUGCGCCAGAUGGAGAUCCAAGGCUGCUGACGAAAUUGAAUGGAUCAGAAAUUGA